GAGCUCUGUCAAAGAAAUUUUGAUUUCUCAUUUCUUUCUUGCUCUCUCUCUCUAGCUCUCUCGUCUCUUUGUCCAAUUUUGGAGGCUGCGGAGAGCUUCCACAUUCUGUUACUGUCUUCAUGAGGUGUUCUGCGCUAUGGAAUAUUAUAGCAUGGCCUCCGAAAGGAAGUCAUUUCCUGGCUUCCAGUCUGACAAACGAAUAACUGUCAACAGUCAACCGACGAGCUUGAAUCUUUACGAAUGGAGUAGUGAGCCCGGAGACGUGGAUUGGGAGUCUUUCAACAAUUUGUUGGUAGUGCACCCGAAGAACUUGACAGUGAUAAAAGCUGGACGCUCUCGCAGAGCACUCGAAUACCCUGAGGACGGGACUGCUUACACCGAAGAAUGUUUAGGCCCGUCGUUCGGACUUGGCAGCGCUCCUGUGUACUUUAUCAGCGAGGAGGGUGUAGUGGUGGACUACAGACCAGAUGUGGCUGAUCCAGAGGAAGAACGGGCUCGUCCCGCAAAGCUGCAGCGAAUUUGCAGUAAAUAUAUUGCGAGGACGAUUCCGUUUGCUGGCGUGGAGCAGAUUUUACCAAAGCUAUCACUGGAUUGCCAGUCCAUGUUGAUGAGGUACUCUUUCCCAAUGUCUCUGAGAAAGAUACAUGACUACUGUUGCUUGUCCACUGGCGAUGAUAAAAUGUUCAAGGAUGGAAUGCAGCGUUAUCAUCUAGGGUUUGUGUUCAACGUUCAGCAAAUAGGGCUGUACGUACUGGGUGAAGUGAAAUCCUCAAGCCCGGGUGCGUCUCCAACUUGCAGGGAACAUGUGACUGUGGUGUGUGCUGAACAAGUUAUCUGCGAAUCACAAUGCACCUGUUGCAAUUCUAAGAAGAAGAAAGAGCAGAAGACAAUGUGGUGUGAACAUAUCGUUGCCGUCUGCGCCUUUCGGAUCAUGCGUGCCGACACUGUCACCGUUGCCGCGCCGUUUUCCGAGAGCCUGCCCCACCUCAACACAUUGCAUCUCAUGCAAAUACUUCAGUUUCUCAUCCAGGACGGCGAUUCUCAGUUUCUUGCAAAAGUUCAGAAGUUAGUAACACAAGUAAAGACCGCUAGCUCAGCAAUUGCAGAAUGUGCUGGUGUGCCGGAUAAGACAUCCGGUCCGAUAGAUCCUGACUGCAUCCGUUGGAGUAUGGACUCUGACAGUCUGCGUUCUCGCCUAGUCAAGGCUGUGCAUGAUAUGUGCAAGUUGAUCAAUUGCAAGGAAAAUUCUCCCCAGCUUACCAGCCACCUUGUCGAUUAUCCUGGCACCGUGGUGAAGUUCCACACCUUGUGCACCUCGGGUCUCGAAUAUUUUGGUCUGGGCUUCUAUUAUGACAUUACAUCUUCACACGAAAAACCCCGACAGCCACAUGGUUUAUGGUAUGUGCUGCGAGUAGUCAAGCACCUACUGGCAGAUGGAAUGUCGAAUAGCAUUGAGGUAUUGCAAUGUAUGACAGAGGCCAUUGUUGAAAACCCCAAGUUUUGGCUCAUCUGGGAGGCCGGAAUGCACGGCUUUCACGCCAAGCACACCCUGCAAGAGGAGCUCUACCACUCCAUCGCUAGCUUAUGUGAACAGGUGGUACGGCUCUGGCUACUGGUUGUUUUAGAACCAUCCCUGAAGGCUGAGGACCUGGCGGCGUUCCGCGGGAAGUUGUCUCGCUGGCAGUCCUCCAUGGCCAAGCAGUCCUCAAAGAAUCCUGAACAGUGGUCAGUACGCCAGAAAAGACAGUGGAGGCAAGUUCAUAACACUACUAAGCUCUGUGCCAUCGGCCCUGAUUUCCGUGGCUUGCAGCCAGUGCUGGACGCUUUAGCCGCUGGCUGGCAUGGUUGGCCGCUGGAUUGCCUUGUCAAGUGUGGCAAGCAGCUUCUCAUUGCUGCUGCUGACAUUGUACGCGAUAAAGAGUCGCACUUCACCGCUGGCAUGUCCGACGUACUGGAGUUGUGCCGCAACGACAGUCUGCUGGUGUUGCAGAGUCGCUGGAAAGUCCUGCACAUGCGCCAACAGCCCGAUGCCGCCAUUGGAUUGGCGCUGUGCAUAGCUAAGGUUCUACUUGAGUCACAGUCCCUGGUUGUCAGUGAUGCCACAGCUACGACUUCAUCGUCCACUGAUGCUACUGCCAGUGGUAGCAUGGAAGAGGACACGGAAGCUGACGAUGCUCCUUCUCCUCCUUCUCCUCCUCCUGUCGAUGCUGCUGCUGCUGAUGAUGCUAAUGCUGCUGGUGCUGAUGCCGAUGCUGAUGCUGCUGAUGCUGAUGCUGCUGAUGCUGAUGCUGAUGCCGAUGCCGAUGCCGAUGCCGAUGCUGAUGCCGAUGCUGCUGCUGCUACUGAUAUGGCUGCUGCUGACGUUGGUGUUGGUGCUUGUGGUGUUGAUGUUGCUACACGGGGCAGUGAAGCUGUUAGCACAACCAAUGUAGCUGCUGCCUCCAGUAAGAUGCCACCACCAUCUGCAGACAGAGCCAAGCACCUCUGCUCUGCCAUUGACACACGCAGAGGCAGUGACAAGCAGGGUGAUCCCAAGGCUCAGCCACCACCUACUAAAGCCUUGCAACAGCAGCACCGCUCUAGAGGCAGAUCACUGCUCGCUCGGCGCCUUCCUGUGGACCAUGUGAAGAUGUUCCUGUCCGUUGCAGAGCAGGCUCCUAUGGAGCCUACUCCGGCGACACGUAAUCUGCCGGCCAAGCCUCGCUUGUGCGAGCUGUACAGCAGUGCGUUUGACAUUGUACCUAUCGUUGCUGACCUCUGCCAGCUCCUAGCCUCCGUGGAAGAAGCAAGCCUCAAGUAUGUGCACCCGCUGGUUGUGAACCUGGGACUGCAUGCGCUGGGCAUACCAUGGGACAGCACUGCCUCUCAAACCUACUUUGUCGAACGCAAUCGGGCAAUGCACAUUCUGAGUUGGCUGGUGAUUGAGUUCUGCGGCAAGUUUGGCGCGAAGGAAGCCCGACCUCACAUGUCUUCUCUGCUAAGCAAGACAAAGAACGGGACGGACUUCUCUGAAUUUGGCCUCUUCUUGCCGUGUAUCCUGGUGAAGACGCUAUUGACUGUGUUUGUGUCAGAAGACUACCGUGCACAAGAGCGGCGCAAUGAUGACCAGCACCAGCAGCAGCACCCUGAAAAGCAGCCGCGCAAAAGCCAUGGGCAUGCGGCUAGCAAGCUGAGCGCGUUCACCAUCAAUACCUUGAGGCUGGCCAGGAGUACUUUAGAACAUCAUCCUGACAGAGCAGCAGAGAGCAAGGAGAGUGACUACUGCCGGCUGAGCGAGAUGAUGUGUCGCAACGACCUUCUCACCUACCUGCUCACACAGGGCUCCCGCGAUACCACGCUGCGCUACCAGGUGGACGCUCUCAAGCACUUUUCCACAUCUUCGGCAAAGAUUGCAAGAAACAGACUUCCACUGGCCUACUGUCUUCCACGGCUUGUUGUCGGUGCCAAUACCGGCAGUGUUGAUGCUGACAAGCCUUCUGUUUGUAGCUUUGGUGCUGGUACUGGGCCUGGGCGCAACUUUGUAGAGAACUGGACUGUGCCGGUUGCCAACAUUCCCAUGGAUGAUGCGGACUGGGGUGAGCCGUUGGCCGCAAGUAACGUGAAUGCUGCAGACAGUACCGAGCAAGCCAAUAACAGCGGAGAUAGUGAUGGCGAGGUUGACACCAGUGAUGCUGCUGGUGAUGGCAACACAGCAGCAGCAGCAGCAGCAGCGGCAACGGCAACAGAAGCUGACGAGCAACAGCGAUGGCUGGACGAUCCAUCGUUGCACUACAGUUCAGCAGACGAUGCAGCGGCCAUCCUUCUCUCGGCCAGGCACCUGUACCGUCUGGCCAAGGGGCUGCAACAGCAACACCACCGCACACCAUUGGAUAGGACUGCACUUCUGCGUAGUGCCCUGGAGCUGCUGCUCGUAGCGCUGGGUAUUUACAAUGCACAGGUGAAAGUUCCUGUUGAUAAGGUGAUGAGGGAUGACGGUACAUUUGCUGAACAUGCGGCCUGGCUGGAUGAGUUGGUUAGUUCACUGGGAUUGCAGUCCUUGCCUAUCCUAGCCAAGCACUGGGUAGGCCGCCUGUCUCCAAACAAGACCAUUAGCCUUAUCAUCGACCUGCACACAAGGCAAGGCCAGUCUGGCCUCGACUCGAAUCUCACUGUGCGCAUGAUGCAAGCCUUUCUCUAUGACAUCGCCUUAGACUGCCUGCACUUCGGCAGCUGGAUGAACACCAACAUGCAGAUGAAAGCGUGCUGCUUGUGUUUGCUAAAUUCAUGCAAGGUUCCUGAAAUGGCUAGUGCAUUGUUGGAUGCUACACGUGCCGGCGCAGACAUAUGCGACGAGGUGUUACUGAGAGUUGCAUCGGCCAUGCUUGCCAAACCCAGGCGCUCACUUCCUGAUUUUGUUAAACCACUGAAUGUGCAGGACCUUGAAACAACGAUGGAAUUCAAGAAGAGGAUGCGGCUUGCUGUUGACUUGGCUAGGGCUGGCGUCCACUCGUUGGCGACCGGACGCUGGGCAGCGUUCAACCACAGUCAUUUGAGCAGCAACAAUUUUGUCCGCCACUACCCAGCCGAGAAGUACCUUGUAUACAUUACACGCCAAGUUGCCUCCUUUGGUUCAGAUUUCUACCUGCAGCGGGUGAUACGCUCGUUGUGCGAUGAGCUGCACAACCCCUACAUACUGCACAUGCUUGCUGUUGCUGUGGCUGAAGAGAGAUCUCGGCGCCGGAGCCUGAAGUUGCACCUUGCUUUUCAGGAAGAGCCGGCCAAGUCGCUGGUGUCAAGUUGUACGGAGCUCUACAAGAAGCUCUUUUUCAUCAUGUUCCCAGAGCCUGGCAAGGAUCGCGUGCCGGAUAUUGUUGCCGUCAUGGUGCAUUGCCGCGGUGCGUUCUACAUGCUAAAGGACGGUAGGCGACGCUUCUGGGAACUGGAACGGGAGCUGACCGGACGCUAUGGUACCGUGAGAGGCUUCAAGCGCACCGUGCAAGCGCACCUGUAUCCGGACGCACCCAGCGACAACGGAGACUCCAAGCCGGUUAGUGCGCUACCGAUGGCAGGCUGUAAAGAAACUGAAACGGACUUCAUGUUCAUGUGAGCCACACACUGCUCUUCACAAUCUACUUUCUACUGCUGCUGCUGCUGCUGCUGCUGGUGGUGGUGGUGAGUGGAUGUUCGACCGUGGACAGACUCAGUGGUAGCGUGGGCAAAUACGGUCCGAAUUGAGGCUCACUCUCUCUCUGACUGACCCAUCUGAUUUGCACAAGAUUCUUCGACAACUGAUCAGGUGUGAAUGCUUCAGAUCAAGUUUUGUUACAGACUUUUUUAAAGUAAUCAUGAGCUCGCACGUGCGAGGGUGCUUUGCAUGGCUCCACGCUACUUCUCCCAUUGACGUGGGAACUGCAAGUUUGUAUAACUGAACCUCUUUCCUAGGCUAUUCGUUUCUUCGCAUGUACCCCUUUUCGCCGUCAUGUCAACUUUGUUCUCACAAAUUCUUCACGAUGUGCACAGCGCGUGCAACAUGCUGAAAGUCCCCAAUGUCGCUGUUCGUGCUCCUGCUGUCCGUUUCUAUAAAGCACUUGCAAUUGCGCCACUGUGUGCCUUCCAGAGAACCUUACGAAAACUUGCUCCUGUUCGUCUGUAUUUUCCAGCCUCCGCUCCAGCCUCUUUAGCUGACACACUUGUUUAGUUCACACCAUGAAAUACACACCUCUUUUUAACAACGUUAAACACAUAGCUGGCCUAUGUGUUGUUGUCACCACACUGCACGUGGUUCUACUGUGCAUAAUUCUUUACUGCAGCUUUAUUGUUCACUCUGCAGUUUCUUUCUGCAGUUUUUUUGUCAAUUUAAUAGUCCUGCACUACAAAAGUGUUGUGUUUAGAAAAAGAAAAAAUAUAUGACAACCCAAA